AUGUAUCACCUACAAUUCAACUACAGCAUGGUGUAUCCCAGGGCGCGAUUCAACGUAUCCUACCAUCAAUAUGCUGAUGAUACACAACCUUUCAUCUCAUUGAAUAAUGAUAUUUCAUCAAACGUGAAUGCCAUCACUACGUGCAAUGCUGCCAUGAAGAGGAUUGGUAAUUGUGAUAUCCCUGUAUGUGACACUUUAAAAACACUCGGUGUUGUUCUUGACAAGAAACUAACUUUUUCAAAUCAUAUUAAAUCUAUUAUUAAAGCGUGCAAUUAUCAUAUCAAACUUGAUUAUUGUAAUUCAAUAAUGUUUGGCAUAUCUCAGAAGCAGGAAACACGUCUCCAGAAGCUGAUGAAUCGGGCUGCCAAAGUUGUACUAGUUGUGAGUAUAAGGAAUGAUGGGAAGGGUAACAGGGCAAAAGUUGUAAGCGAAGAGUUAACAAAAAAAGUUGGAGGCACAAAUAAAGAAGUUUCAGAAACUGAUGUGACUAAAUUUUUUAGAUUAAAAAGUAAAGAUAACGCCCCAAGGCUAUUGCUGGUUAAAUUUGAUAGUAGAAUGAAAAAAAACCUUAUUAUGGAAAAUUUGUACAAAAUAAAAAGUUUAGAUGAAGAUUUGAAGAAAAUAAGUAUAUCACAUGAUCUAAAUAAGGAACAAAGAGAGGAGAGAAAAAAGUUGGUUAAUGAAGCAAUUGAAAAACAGAAAUUAGAUAAGGGGGCAUUUAUAUACAGGAUGGGGAAUGCCAGGAAGCAUGAGAGUGGUGAAAAUAAAGUAAAUCCAGUCAUCGUAAAUGAAGUGGAUUUGAAUGUAAUGUACUCGAAUGUGGAUUGCAUUUGUAAUAAGUUAGAUGAGAUUAAAAGUUUGUUAGAUGUUUCUCCUAUAAAAUAUCAUAUUUUAAUUUUUGUAGAAACGAAUGCAAAAUAA